AUGUGGUCAUUUUGUCCAUCUGUUGCCGCUGCAUACGUUUUUACCGUCCUCCUCGGCUUGACGACUCUCUUCCAUAUCGCACAGGCAAUUCUGCAUCGCAAAGUAUACUGCUGGGUUAUCGCCAUGUCCGGAGCGGUGCAAACAUUGACCUAUAUCUUCCGUGUACUGAGUAUUCUCAAUCCGGCCAGUUAUGGCUACUAUGCUGCAUGGUUUAUCUUGAUUCUCAUCGCACCGCUAUGGACCAACGCAUUUGUCUAUAUGGUCAUGGGUCGAAUGGUCUGGAACUUCAGCGAUGAUGCGCGUGUCUUGCGCGUACGACCAUGGCACUUUGGUCUUUCUUUCGUUAUCCUUGAUAUAAUGUGA